AUGGUGGCAAACGUUGAAAUUCCAUAUGACGCAAAACAGCUUUCCAACGUGCGAGUAAAUCUUGCGUGCGUGGUUCGUUCUGUUGACCUGUUGACCUCAGCUGUUAUCAAGCGCGUCACAGAUGCCGAAUUUCGGGAGUACACACUGCAAGCAUUAAAACUAACCGAUCUGACCACACUAGCCGGCGAUGAUACAGAAUCGAAUGUGGCGCGGCUAUGUUUUCGGGCUGCGUAUCCAUUUUCGGAUCUUAAUGUCCAUGCCCAGAUGAAAGGACAAGUGCAUACGGCGGCUGUGUGUGUCUAUCCGAGCCGUGUGGCCGAUGCUCACCGAGCGCUUAAAGCACUUGGAAUGCUCAAUCGAGUUCAAAUCGCUUCCGUUGCGACUGGGUUUCCUUCCGGAUCAUAUCCACUCGAAACGCGCCUGAAGGAAAUACGCUUCGCAAUCGAGCAGGGAGCCAGCGAGAUUGAUAUAGUGAUUGAUCGAAGCUUAGUUUUGACCGGAAAGUGGCAGGAAUUGUACGAUGAAAUAGUAGCCAUGCGUAAGGCUUGUGGCGAAAAAGUUCACUUGAAGGCGAUCCUUGGCAUCGGAGAGUGUGGCACAAUGGUGAACGUUUAUAAAGCCUCAAUGGUGGCUAUGAUGGCUGGAUCGGACUUUAUAAAAACAUCCACGGGUAAGGAGGCUGUCAACGCCACACUUCCGGUCGGACUGGUUAUGAUUCGUGCCAUUCAGAAGUUCUAUCGUUUCACGGGAAAGAAGAUAGGUCUAAAACCGGCCGGUGGCGUACGGACGGUUCGGGAUGCUAUCGCGUGGAUGAUCAUGAUUCGGGAAACACUCGGCGAGGAGUGGUUGAAGCCGGAGCUGUUCCGAUUCGGUGCAUCCGGUUUGUUGGAUGAUAUCGAAAAGCAGUUCUAUGCCGUUUCGAAACGAUUGUAA